UCAAAUUCGCAGCGUGCUUAUCCCCGUCCGUCCCAAAUUCACACAGCUAGCGAAGAGCCGAAACGCAGGUUAAACCCUCUCCGGCCGCGUCGUCCUCGUUGCUAAUCACCCCAGCGUCCUCUUGUCUCCUCCGGUAGCUCUCGCCAUGCAUCCGCCCUUCCCCACACCAGCUGUCCACCUAACAUUGUCACCCACACGUACGCGCGCGGGGGCGGGCGCGGAAGCUAACCCUACCGCGGCGCUCAAAGCCAUGGAGGACACACCGCAGUCAUCACGCGCACGUCCACCUCAACUGCUGUCCAAGCCAAAGCCAAACCCACCUUCGUCCCCUCCCCCACCGCCGCCCAUCUCCGGCUCCGCCACCACCUCCCCCGCCUCCCACGACGACUUCUCCUUCCCCUCUCCCUUCGGCAGCCACCACCUGCGCCCGCUCUCCAUGUCCCGCGCCCCCGUCGGCCGCGUCGGCAGCGACCUCAGCCACCUCAACCACGCCAGAGCGAACCAUCGUCACCACGCCACCACGAGCAACGGCGGCGGCAUCAGUAGCAGCAGCAAGGACAGGGACAGGGAUAGUAAGGUCAAGAACAAGGCCUCGCCUUUCUUCUCCGGCCUUGCCGCCGCGUGGAGGAAGGAGAGCAGCGGCGGCGGCGGCGACGUGGUGACGGGGAAGCAGCAGGCGGCCGAGGAGAAGAGGAAGGAUAGGGCCAAGCAGAGGGCGCUGGACGUGGGCCAGUGGGUGAAGCGACACAUGGCGUCCAUGGUGGAGCAGCUGCGCGCCUCCUUAUUCUCCCGGCAUCAGUCGGAGAGGGAGAGGCGCGAGCAUCAGCGGCGCCGGCCGCACUCGUUCUCGGGCCACGGCCCGGGCGCCGUCAGGGAGAUGAGGGAGCGGGAGCGGUGGAGGCGGCGGCGCGUGCAGCUGUCGUCCGCGCCGGCGUCGCUGCGCGUGUCGCCGGCCAACAGCGGCCACCUCUCCGUUGGCGGGUCGGUGAAGGUGUCCACGUCGUCGGAGGAGAGCACCAUGGAGGAGCUGCAGAGCGCCAUCGAGGCCGCCAUCGCGCACUGCAAGAAUUCCAUCUCCGUGGCCAAGCAGACGGCGGCGGCGGCGGCCGGGGACGACACCAGCAAGCUUGAGUAAACCGUAGUCGGUAGGGGCGCUGCAGCUCGUGCGACGUCCGUGCUGCUGCACAUACAUAUAUGGAUUAUAAUAUGAUCAAGCUUGCAGAUCAGAAUUUCAGAAGCCGAGUCGUUUGAUUCGAUCUCACAAACAGGCGCAUGUAAAUUAAGAUGUAAAAGAAGAGAUGAAGAGCGGUAUACACAUAGUUUUUUUUUCUUUUUCUCAAAACCUCUCGUAAUUUAUUGUCAGAGUUAUUAUUGUGUUUGUACUUUGGCAUGCUAUAGAUGAUUUUAGUUUUUUAGCCGCA